CCGUUCGCCUCGGCAGACGCAUCUUGGCACGCAAUCGGUGCAUACGCACGCUUACGCGUUCCGGUCGACCGCAACAGUGAGGUUAGUGUGUUGUGGGGUGACAAUAGCCGGUGGCGGCGGCGGCGGUAGCCUGACAGGUGCACCGCCCGGCCAAUCGACAAUAGGGGGUGCGCAUAGGGACAGGCGCGGCGCAUCCUCGAGCCUUUGAGAGGAAACAACAGUGCGGACAGUCAACGGCGACGACACCGUGGCUGCUGCACCGCUACAAGAGGUUCGCUCCCAAGCGAAUCUGCCGCCAUGUGCUGAGCGAGGCCUCGCCGCACAUCUUAGAAACAUGUCUUCGAAGCGGAAGAGUCCUCCGACGAAGCUUCAAGAAGGCGAAGGAGGCGGCCCGCUGCCUCCGCUCGGUGGCGGCAGCGACGGCGGCGGUUUGACGGAUCUCGACGAAACCAGUAGUAAUAAUUUAAGUGACGGCGAAGAUAUCGGCGCCGGAGGCGGCACGAUGGUCAAUAACUCCAGCGCGUUUUAUAAACUAUCCGAAUCGUCAUCUCCGAGUGUUUCAGGCAGCGAACUAGACGACGGCCUCGACGACGACCGAACGCCGCCUCCGACCAAGAGGAUGUACUCAGAAGCGCCGAAUUUGCUGAUGCCGACGCUGAGCGUCGCCGAAAGGCGUCGAAACUCGUCCGAGUGCAGUUCGCCCACUUCCGAUAUUAAGACUUUACAUUACAAUAACAAUAGUAGUUUACACAAUAAUAAUAGUUCCUCGCAUCCGAUGAAGAGAUCCAUGGAUGACGUCCUCAAAAGACUCACUUCCAAAAUUAACAACAGCACGAUCAAAGAAGAAAAAAGGCCGACGCCGUCUUCCACGCCCAACUCCACCAACAACUCGGACGUCGAACCCACCGCGGCCAUCCAGCAAGCCCUCUCCGGCGACAACUUCGUGGAAAAGGACCGCAAACUGUCCGAACUAAUCCUGCAACUGCAGAUGGUCCGCGAGCAGCUCAUCUCCCAGCAGCAGCAACAGCAGCAGCAGGACACGAAGCCUCAAGGCACCCAACAAUUAGUCAAUGAAACCCACAAACAAUUGGAGUUCCAAAGACGGCAGCAGGAACAAAUGCUGCAGCAGCAACAAAAAUUGCAAGAACUCCAAGGCCAGAUUACGGCACAGUACGCCAGUGGCGUGGGGCCUCAAGGACUUAUGUUCCUCCCGUUUUUGGAGCAACUGCGAGGACUCCAGCCCCCCAAAUCCCUUGCCAAUCACAUGCUGCCCCCGCACCAAGUCCCCAGCUGGAUCUCCGCGACCGCCCAUCUGGCCCACAUGUCGGCCAGUUCGGACAAGAGGUCGCCCACCCCCCAACGGACCCCGUCGCCCCCAGCGCCGCCGACGGACCCCGACGCCCCGCUCAACCUCUCGAAACCGAAAUCGUCGAGUUCCGGUUCGGCGGGAUCGAGUCCGCAAAGUGCCCCGGCCGGCUUGCAGACUUUCAACGAUCAGCCGGUGGCGGCCACCGCCCCCAAACUUCUACCUCCCAGUUUAGUAAUGCCGCGGGCGUUCUUGCCCUACGCCGGACUGCCCCCACAGUUUAGUCCACUGCCGGCGAGCGUCGACCGGAAGGGGAAAGAUGAGAAGCAACCUCAUUUCCCGAUGCAUAUGUACGGCCUGCCGGCGCCCCCGCACAUGGGGGGCAGGCCCAAGGACGACGGCGGCAUCAAGGAUGAGACCGACUUCAUGGCGGCGUGUCACAUGUGGGGCGGCCCCGACCCGAACUUCAAGCUGGACGAAAACUCCGAAAAGGCGAAAAUCAUCCGCCAGCAACCGAAACGCGACUCCGAGAACAAACCCCACAUCAAGCGCCCGAUGAACGCGUUCAUGGUGUGGGCCAAGGACGAGCGCCGCAAAAUCCUCAAAGCCUGCCCUGACAUGCACAACUCGAACAUAUCGAAGAUCCUCGGCGCCCGCUGGAAGUCCAUGUCGAACGCCGAGAAGCAGCCCUACUACGAGGAGCAGUCCCGCCUGUCGAAGCUGCACAUGGAGAAGCACCCCGACUACCGCUACCGCCCCCGGCCCAAGCGCACGUGCAUCGUGGACGGCAAGAAGAUGCGCAUCUCGGAGUACAAGAUGCUGAUGCGGCAGCGGCGCCAGGAGAUGCGGCAGCUGUGGUGCCGCGACGGCGCCUCCGACAUGAACUUCUCGCUGUCGGGGGCGGACCUGGGGGCGGCGACGGCCACGCGGGCCGGCUCCCCCAUGAGCAUGGUGAACGGCGCGGGGCCCAGCGCCGAGGGGUUCUACUACCCCGAGGGGGCCUCGCCCGACGCGCUCAACUUCGCACAGGAGCACGCGAUGAUGCACGACUCCAGUCCGAGGAACGAGGACGAUUGAGUCUGGCAGAACGGGGAAAAACGGUUCCCUUGGUACUGAGCGGGAGGCUGAGCCUCUGUACAAAUGUAUAGGUUCGGGGGCAGGUGGGGCGGGGGCUUUAGGAAAGACAAAUGUGCCGCAAACGGAUUCGAAUUUGUCGCACUUGAUAGAAUUUGUUCGAAAGUUUGUUUAAGAAUAGUUGUGUCUCUGCUCUUCCUAAAGUCCUCACCCCAUUUUGGAAACGCAAGCAACGGCAGUCAUUUCUCGUGCCAUCGAAUGUGAAGCGACCUUACGCACUCGAGACUAUUGGAUUUAUUUAAAAGUUGGUGUUGUAGUUGUACCUAUUGUUAUGUAGAUAUAUUACUUUAGAUCUUCAAGUUAUUUAUUAUACUAGUUUUAAUGUUUUUCUUUUGUUUUUUAUUUUGUAAAUUAAUGUAAAGUUUUAUACAUAGUUUAUACAUUGCAUCGACGAGGAAUCAGCUUUACUUUUUAUCGAAUUGUUUUAUUUUGUUUUGUUAGUUUUUAUCGAUUCUAGUCUUCUCAUUAUCAAGCUUUAAAGUCACACAGAAAUUCUUAAUUUGAGUUUUGGUACAAAUUUUGUUUCGAAACGUAAUCAGAGGACUAGAGUUGGGCGAAAGGAAAUCUUUAAAUUAAAAGUGCAAUGUACCUAUCGUAAAAAUAGAUUUGUUCUCAACUGUUGAUGUUUAUAUAUUUUAAUAUAAGAGCCAGUACUUUAAGUAAUUAUUAUUUAUUUUCAACAGUUUUUUGUACUUGUACAGUGAAACUCAUAUUAAAAAUUAAAAUUAGUAUGAAACUAUGUACUUAGACAUUAAAAGUUAUCUCUCAUAUACAUAACAAUUAUAUUCAGAAAAGGUCAAAGUAUAGUAAUGUUAAGCCCCAAAAUUUGGUAUCCACAGUGACCCCAUGCUGGUUAUGCAUUUGUUUUCUCCUCUCAAACAGAAUUUAUUUAUGCACAUGCAAGGUCAUUGCAACAAAAAGUACUACAAUCAUCUCGCAACUUGCGUGCCCAUGAAUAAACCGUUUUCUUUCUUUUUUCAACACAAAAUGUGAUACCUGUAAUUAGGUAUAGUGUAAAUUUUUAAGUAUUUACUCAGUUUUAAGUAUGCACGACUAUUAUGAAAGAGUUACGAGAAUGUGUAGUGCAUUUAAAAUAUUCCAUAAUGCAUCAUAGGGCUAGUGAGUGUUUGUAAACAAUACCAUUCUCAGUGUAAAAUUAUAUUGUAAGUCAUAUAUCGCAUCAAAUGGUUACAACUGAAAUGUCUACUAGGAAAUAGGCUCACUGUUCUUUUCUGUGCCAAAUUCAAAUAAAACUAUAAACUGUAAAAA